AUGGCGCUGCUUGCUCCGGCCGCGGCUGUCUUCGAGACCGCUGUAUCCGUGCCACGUGUCGCCAAGACAGUGGCUCCAGCUUCUCGCGUCGCUUCGCGUGGAGUGUUCCUCCUGCCCGUGCGAUCUCGAGGCGCAUUUGCGAGGCGCUCAUCCUUGAUAACACGCGCCGCGGCUCAGCAGCCGGAAACGCAGCAAGCGGAGAGCGCUGCGAGCCCAGUAGUGGAUGACGGCAACAGCAGCGAUGUUGACGUCAGCAAAGAAAUCUCCAAGGUGGUAAAGAAGACGGCAACCACGUUCGCCCCGCGCGCGUCCACCAAGUCAAAGAACCCCGCCGUGCCCGGAUCAACCCUCUACACCAUCUUCGAGGCGCAGGCCUACCUCAGCGCCGCGCUGGGCGGACUGCUCUCCUUCAACCUGCUCUUCCCGUCCGAUGAGCCCGACAUCUGGCGCCUCAUGGGCAUGUGGUCCAUCUGGAUGUUCACCAUCCCAUCUCUGCGAGCAAGGAACAGCAGUGAGAAGGAGAAGACAGCACUCAACUGCCUCUCCCUUGUUCACCCUGCUCCCUUUUUCACCCUGCCGCUCACCCAACUUCCGCCCCUCUUGCGCACCUCACUCAUGCCGUUGUAA